CACCAUGGGUAAAUCAAUAUGGCGACGUAAUUGUGCAGCGUCAUGCAACGUUCCCCCUCGUAAACAUGUAUUUCCGCAGUGUUGGAUUGCGAUCCUUACGAAAAAUUCAUCUGCUGCAGCAGAACACUUAUAAACUGAUAAUAUGCAGAAACUAUGGACGGUUAGCCGGUGAUGGCAAUAUUUACAGACUUCAAAUAAGACCUUGGAUGGAGUCGUGUUGCUGUUACAACUCGUGUCUGGCACCGCAGACAUUCACACAAUCUGGUCAAAUCGACAUAAGACAUUACACAGGAUCUACUCAUCCGCUGUUUGAUCCUCAAAAUAGAUCUAUUAACAGAACUCUACGCUUGCAGAGCCGAACACUGAACACGGCAGCAGAAUUUGUCGAUACUUGUCCAAAAGCCGUUCAGCCGUAUUUGAAACUUGCAAGAUUUGAUAAACCAAUCGGAACCUGGCUGCUAUAUUUGCCGUGUACAUGGAGUAUAGCUAUGGCUGCACCGCCUGGGGUAUUCCCAGAUGUGAAAAUGAUGGCAUUGUUUGGUUUAGGAGCAGUGAUUAUGCGUGGCGCAGGGUGUACUAUUAAUGAUAUGUGGGAUUCAGAUUAUGAUAAAAAGGUGUCAAGAACUAUUAGCAGACCCCUAGCAGCAGGACACAUCAACCAUUUCCAGGCACUCGUGUUUCUUGGUGCACAACUGAGUGCUGGUCUUGCUGUGCUUCUCUCUCUUAAUGUGUACAGUAUUUUUCUUGGUGCGGCAUCCGUUGGGCUUGUUAUUGUCUACCCACUCAUGAAGAGAAUUACAUACUGGCCACAGCUCUUUUUAGGUUUAACAUUCAACUAUGGGGCCCUGCUGGGCUGGUCAGCCAUCCAGGGCUCCUGCGAUUGGUCCGUCUGUCUACCUCUCUACCUGGCUGGUGUGCCAUGGACUUUGGUUUAUGACACAAUAUAUUCAUUCCAAGACAGAGAUGAUGAUAGAGCAAUUGGAGUCAAGUCUACUGCUCUGUUGCUAGGUGAUAAGACUAAAUACUGGUUGUCGGCAUUUGGUGCUAUUAUGAUGACUAACAUGACUAUUGCUGGGAUGGCAUGUGAUCAGACCUGGCCGUACUACACCAGCCUCGCCCUUGCAGCGGCCCACCUUACCUGGCAGAUCAAGACUGUUAACCUUUCGAAUACAGAAGACUGCUUUGAGAAGUUCAAGUCCAAUAAGUGGCUGGGUCUGCUAAUAUUGACAGGAAUUAUUGGAGGGGGCCUGUUAAAAGAUCAGUAAUCUGUCAACAUAACUUCUGUUAUAAUAGUGUUAAAAAAUAAGAAUGUGGACAAGUACAAAA